AAACCAAACACAAAAACAAAACAGAGUUAACUUCUAAAAUGACGACGAGCAAAUGCUACUAUCCACGACCAAGCCACCGAUUCUUCUCCACUGAGCAACACAUCACUCCUUCUUCAGAUUUCGAGCUCGACGAGUGGGAUCUCUACAACACUGGUUCAGAUUCUGCUUCCACUUUCAGCUUUAGUGACCUCACCAUCACGUCCCGACCUAACCGCAAACCUCGCUACGGUUCGGUUACAGAGAAAUUCUCCAGUACACAUGCGUCUUCUCUCCCUGUCAACGUACCUGACUGGUGUAAGAUUCUUGGGGACGAGACUCUACGGAAGCAGGUUUCGAACGAGGAAGCCGACGGAGACGAUGUUGCUGCAUGCGGUGGAGAAGCACGGCGUGUACCGCCGCAUGAGUUGCUGGCGAGUCGGAGGAAUGCGUCGUUUUCGGUUCAUGAAGGUGCUGGGAGGACGUUGAAAGGGAGAGAUCUUAGUAGGGUGCGAAAUACUAUUUUCAAAAUUAGAGGGAUCGAAGACUAAAAUGUUUUAUAAAACUGGGGUUACAAGGACUUUAAUCGAAAUUGUGAGGUUUUGUUUUUGGAAAAUAGAUUGUUGUUUUUACUUCGUUUGUUUUUUUAAUUGUUGCGGCUAAGGAUUUCGGACACGUCGUGAUUAAUUAAUUAUAAAGAGACUGUUAAUUUAAGAUUGUAUUGAAAUUUUAAGACACCAACUAUGAAAUUGACUUGUUUUUAUGUCAUUUCUUACACAUUUCAUUUUUGUAUUACGUAGAUAAGAUUCUUCUCUCCUUUUGGGUUAAUGUUUUGUCAACGAUGGCUAAACAAUGGAUUAAGCUAAUUAUUAGUAAAUCAUGUGCCAUCGAUUUUGGAUUUAUUUGUAGAUGGAAACAUGGUGCGUUGUCCUUAAUCAUACAAUGUUGGUCGGCAUAUUUUUCUCUCUCUUUUCUUAUCGAGUAAAUCCAAUUAUGAUUUU